AUGCUCUUCCAGGUAGCAUUGGCUGCUUUAUUGGUGCCCUUCACCUCGGCGGCAGCUGCACCGAGAGUGACUCUGAAAAAUGGCACGUACCAAGGUUAUCACCUCCCGAAGUCUGGCCAAGAUGUCUACCUUGGAAUGCCGUAUGCGCAGCCUCCAGUUGGCCAGCUGCGCUUCAGGGAGCCGCAGUCCCUCAACACCACUUGGUCUGGCGUUAAACCUGCUACGAAAUACGGAAACAUUUGUAUGCAAUAUACAACUGCGCCCAAUUAUGCGCCCAUGUCCGAGGAUUGCCUGAGCAUCAACGUUGUUGUUCCCACCAAGGUCAAAAAGUCCAAGGGUCUUCCAGUUGCUGUCUGGAUUCACGGCGGCGGUCUCUUCUCCGGCGGUUCCGCCAGUCCCGACCAAAACCUCACGAACUUCGUGUACCAAUCCACCCUCGCCGGCAAUCCGGUCUUGGGCGUGUCCAUCAACUAUCGCCUUACGGCCUUUGGAUUCCUCUGGGGCAGCCCCGAGCUCACCAAAAAGGGGAGCGCCAAUAAUGGACUUCGCGAUCAGCGCCUUGCCCUCCGCUGGAUCCAGGAGAACAUCGCCAAAUUUGGCGGCGACCCUCGGAAAGCCACCAUCUUUGGUGCGAGUUCGGGCGGCCUGUCUGUCGGGAAACAGCUCAUUGCCUAUGGGGGCCGAGAUGACGGCCUCUUCCGUGGCGCCAUUAUGCAAUCUGGUGGCAUGGCGGAGAAGUGGCCGUACAACGUUGCUAAUUCCAAGGCUUACAUGGAAGGGCUGUAUAAAAACCUCACCGAGACGACGGGCUGCAGCACCGAGAAGAGCCCACUCGAGUGCCUUCGCAGGCUUCCCGUCGCUAAGCUAUCCAAGGCGCUGAACGUAACCAACACUCCCGUAUACCCCGGCUCUGGUCUGGGGCCGUGGCUGACCGUUGUUGACGGCGACUUCCUUCAAGGCGGUCCUACCGAGAGUCUCGAAAAGAGACACUUUAACAAGGAUGUCACGAUCAUGUACAGUACUCUGACCGAUGAGGCAACUGUAUUCCAGUUCGCCGGCCCUAUCAACACGGACAAGGAGUUCGCUGCCGCUGUGGCAACGGCUGGAGCCGAUGAGAAGACCGUCCGCACCAUCGAGCUCCUCUACCCGAACAUCAAUGGCGUCGGUCUACCUGCCGACUUCUACGCCGAUGCAGCAGAGAGCAAAAGCCUCGGCACUCAGUAUAAGCGUGCUGUGGCUUUCCUUACCGACGCUGUUGAAACAUGCUCCCGUCGCCUGACUCUGGACACUUGGGCUGCCGCCGGUGCGACAGCCUACAGUGCCCGUCUCCAACUCGUUAACCUCGUUUACCCCAAGUCUCUCGGAGCCCAUCAUGGUGCUGAUAUGCCCUAUAUCUUCAACAACGUGGAGGGACCUGGUUACGACAGCCCCCAGAUGCAGAACAUGUCCAUAUUGUUGAGCAGAACAUGGGCGUCUUUCGUGAGCGAACUAGACCCCAACAACCACGGCCUCGACGGCUAUCCAGUCUGGCCUAAAUGGAACACCUCUCAGCCUGUUGGCGUGGGUAGCAACAUGGUGUUCGUUGCAGAUGGCAAAGAGGGCUCAGGACCCCAUUUGGAGCUGGACAAUUACCGAUUGGCACAGACCAAGUAUAUCAAUACGCUUUGGAAGAGCCAGCUUAACUAUUACUAG